CGUGCGUACGGAUACAUGGCCAAAACUUCAACUGGUUCUGAAAGGUUUUGUAUCCAGAUCGAAGAGCAAGCUCGUGCUACAGCAGCCACCCAGGAGCGAAACUCUCAGCUUAGCCAGCAGGUCAACGAAUUAGAAGAUCAACUACAAGCUGAACGUGCAAACACACAAGAGAGGAUUAACUUGGAGCAUGCUGAGAGAGAACAACUUGAGGAGAGGUUAAAAGAAGAGUGUGCUGAAAGGGAAAGAUUGUUGCAAGAGGAGCGAACAUCAAGACUGGAAUUUGAAAGAAACAUGAUGGCAAAGUUUGUAGAAUUGAGCCAACAGAUGGGAACCCAACAGGUGCCUACGAAGAGGGUUGACAAAGAAAAUAGUAAUCCAAACCUGCAAAAUAUUUUUUACAGAGAUCUAGUCCUAAUAAGACUCCAGGUUCAAGGCCAACUGCUAUUUCUUCAAAUGCGCUCAUACAAGCUGCAGCAAGGCAUUCUCGAAUGUUUAAAGCAAUGGAUCCAAAGAACUAGCUGGAUUGGACUCUAGAUCACGGGCAGUUUAGCCUUCAAAGUAAAUUAGGGUGGCUAAAUUACAUUUGAGUUUCUUUUGAUGGAUAUUUGCUAUGAGAAUUAUGAAUUUUAUGAAUCUGCAUAUUAUACAUAUGGUUUUGAAUAUUGUAAUCGAAAGCCUGUAUUUUUUUUACGGUUGCAAUAGACUAUUACCACAACCCACUUUCGGUUGCCACAUGCUAGCACCACUAAAAAUAUAGUGUUGUGUUAUAUCUCAUUCGCUACGCCUAUCUGUUUUGUUGCACUAGGAUGUUGCAACGGAGCACUUUAUAUUGUUGUAAUAGCUUGGCGCCACAAAAAAUUUCACGAUGCGAUAAUAGUUUGGCGCCACCAAAGUAAGUUUGUUCAAAUAGAGUAUCGCCACGGAAAGUAUAAAUUGUCGCAAUAAUUUCUCGCUACAAAGUUUUUACCUGUUGUGAUACCUAUUUAUCACCAUAAAAACAAGUACGUUGCAAUUUCCUGUUACGACGAUUCGAAUAUUUGUUGCCAUAAGUUAAUGCCACAAGCGCAGUGGGUCGUGGCAACAUGCCUAAUGCCACGAAAACAAGGAUUGUUGCCAUAGUUUAUUGCCACAAGUAUAGUGGAUCGUGGCAACAUGCCUAAUACCACGAAAACAAGGAUUGUUGCCAUAGUUUGUUGCCACAAUUGACUAUUGCCACGGAAGAGUAUUGCGCCACGAAAUGGUCGUCGUUGGCAUAGGUUGUUGCCACAAAUGUCUAUCGCUACGAGAUAUCAAUCUCCACAAUUCGUUACAUGUUGCAUUAAAGCUAUCUCCACAAAUCAAAUUGUGGCAUCAAGUGAGUGUUGCCACAGGAAAACAUGUGGCAACUUCCCGCAUGGUUGUUGCAAUAGCACACUUUAUUGCCACAAUUUCUUUUUCGUGGUAAUAACCUAUUACCAUGUGUCCAGUCGCAACGGCUGCCAACGAAUGUCAUUUCGUUGCAAUAGGUACUUAUCGCCACGAAACAACAUGUAUUGCAACAAACGAUUUUUUUGCAAUA